AUGAACAGGGACUUGGAAUUGGCUAGAUAAGCUUAUAUGGGCAAGAAUGUCGAGAUGACUAAGUAAGCUCAUAACUACAAUCCGUCAGAAUAAAUAUAUACGGACAAUAGAGGAAAUGAAAAUGACCCAUUAUAAAAAUAAGAUUCCCAUUAAGAGAAGCAUUCAACAGGUGGUAAUUAUUUACGAAGUUCGGUUUUUGGUGGAAUGGAUGGCAUGAUGACGACAUUCUCCGUUGUUACUGCAGUUAUUGGCGGAAAUUUUGGAGUUCAAGCAGUGUUGGCUUUGGGUGUAGCCAAUAUGAUAGGAGAUGGAUUAUCUAUGGCUUUGGGUGAUUAUUUGUCAACGAAAUCAGAAUAGUAGUUUUUUAAGUAGGAGAGAGAGAGGGAAAAGUGGGAAGUGGAAAACAAUUUGGAAGGAGAGAAAAAGGAGAUGAUAGACUUGUAUAAAAAAAAAGGAAUGGACCAGGAGGAUGCAGAGAAGAUUAUGAAUAUUAUAAGCAGACAUAAGGAUGCAUUUAUAGAUAUCAUGAUGUUGGAAGAAUUAGAAUUGGGUGGUUCAGAAGAAAACCCAUUGAUGAAUGCAUUGGUAACUUUCAUUGCCUUUAUUUUAUUCGGAUUAGUUCCAAUUAUUCCAUUUAUUGUAGCAGCUAUUGCAGGAUUGACAGAUGGCACAACUGACACAUUGUUUUACAUAUCUAUUGCAAUGACUGCUCUAUUCUUGAUAAUAUUGGGAGUCAGUAAAUCGUUCUUCUCAUAUGCAACGUGGUGGAGAUGUGCUGCAGAAACCCUGUUUGUAGGAGCAUGUACAGCUAGCUCAAGCUAUUUGAUUGGUAUGGCUUUUGAAGGAAAAGAUCUUGGUUGA